AUGACAGCGUCCGUGCUCCUUCCCUCGCGCUGGACUGAGCCGGUCAUGUUCCUGUACGACGGCGGGUCGGAGGACGUGGGCGCGGGCAUGGAGGGCUUCGGGGCAGGGGGAGCGGGAGGAGGUGGAGGAGCAGGAGCAGGAGCCGUAGGAGGCGGAGGAGGAGCGGCAGCACACUUCGGCUACGCGCCCAGCGAGGCGCCUGCGUCCUCUGCGGCCGAGGCGGCCAAGCCACCGUGCCCUCCGCCGCAGCCCGCGCUGCCUUACGGCUACUUCGGCGGUGGAUACUACCCGUGCCGGAUGGCCAAGCCGUGCGCGCAGCCCGUGACUGCCUUCUCUGCGGACGCGUCCGUCUCCGGAGAGGCAGAAUUCUCCUCCAGGGCCAAGGAGCUCGCCUUUUACCCGAGUUACUCAGCCGGACACUACCAGCACGUGCCAGGCUAUCUGGACAUGCCCGUGGUGCCCGCCGAGCCCAGACACGAGCCCAUCCUGCCCGUGGAGAGCUACCAGCCCUGGGCCAUCACCAACAGCUGGAACAGCCCCGUGUACUGCCCCAAGGAGCAGAGCCAGCCCGGUCAUCUGUGGAAGACCAGCCUCCAAGACAGCGUGUCCGCGGCAGACGGCGGCUCCGCGCGCCGCGGCAGGAAGAAGCGGGUGCCCUACACCAAGGUGCAGCUGAAGGAGCUCGAGCGCGAGUACGCGGCCAACAAGUUCAUCACCAAAGACAAGAGGAGGCGGAUAUCAGCGCACACCAACCUGACCGAGCGCCAGGUCACCAUCUGGUUUCAGAACCGGCGGGUGAAGGAGAAGAAAGUGGUCAACAAGUUCAAGAGCAUCACUUAAACGAGCUCGAGCGCGGAGCCACUGAAGAAGACAUACAUGUACAGAUGGAAGGACCCACAUGGUUAUUUAUUAUAGGCCGCCUGGAGUGACUGCGAGAUAUGUAGCCCUAAAGCUCCGUGGAGGCGAAAAGAAACAUUUCUGCUGAACUCUGUGGGCACACGGAUUUAUACCGAGACACAGGGCGACCAUAAACAUUCGCCUAAAAAUUAUGCCUAGAAAUCCACCAUUAUCCUCCAUUCCUUUAUUUUGUUUUUGUUUGAUGUUUGUUUGUUUUUGAGGCAACACAUAAACAAACACCCUCGACGUAAUUCACAGUGAAACGCAAGACUAUUCGUUUAAUUGUAAUUGAAGUGUGGCAGCGAGUGUAUUUAGCAAAAGUAAUUAAAAAAGCUAAAUUAUAUGAAACUGUAGACAGCAGAUCACAUCCUUCCCGACCCCGAACAUGCGGCGGAGGCGGCAGAUCCUCUUCAGAUACUGUGUAAAUAAAGAUUUCUCUUCUUAGCUACGACUAUAUGGCAUUUUAAACGUUUUAUGUAGAAAAUGUUCUUAUUCACACUUUUUUUGUACACUUUGUACAGCUGGAACUGUGGCCGGAGCGCCUGGAGGAGAAAUCUUAAACUCCCAUCUGUUACUGCCAACGAUAUUCCAA